GCCUAAUCUCCUACCCUCUCUCCAGAGCAAAUGGCUACUUCCACCAGCAACAUCGUCCUCCCCUCACCACCACGAGAUCAUCGCAGCCGUCCGUCUUCUUCCCUCCCUAUCUCAUCUUCUUCCAUUUCCCUCCUCCCAAUCCAAUCCGUCUCCGCCCAUCUCAGGCCCUUCAUCUCUCACCGUAUCAAUCGGACGGCUGUGAUUCGAGCAGCAGCGGGCGGAGAUCACUCGUCGAGGAGGAGCAGCAGCAGCAGCGAGCCAAGGGAGACGAUCUUGCUCCCGGGAUGCGAUUUCAACCACUGGCUGAUCGUGAUGGAGUUUCCGAAGGAUCCGGCGCCGACGAGAGAGCAGAUGAUCGAUACGUAUCUCAAUACGCUUGCUACUGUAUUGGGCAGCAUGGAGGAAGCAAAGAAGAACAUGUAUGCUUUUAGCACAACAACUUACACUGGUUUUCAAUGCACUAUAUCUGAAGAAACAUCAGAGAAAUUCAAGGGAUUGCCUGGAGUUCUUUGGGUAUUGCCCGAUUCAUACAUCGAUGUGAAAAAUAAGGAUUAUGGAGGGGAUAAGUACAUCAAUGGGGAGAUUAUUCCCUGUAAAUACCCAACUUAUCAACCAAAACAACGCAGCAGUUCAAAAUAUGAGAGCCAAAGAUACGAAAGACGCCGGGAUGGCCCCCCUCCAGAGCGAAGAAAACUCAGACAAGAGGUGUCUCAAUCAGAGUCGGCCUCUGGAUAAGUUAAUGGAAUGAUUUACUUACGAGGAUGAUGGUACAUUAUGAACUAGUAUGACUCAUUUCUAGUUUACGCAAUUUGAUAUAUAUAUAUAUAUAUAUAUAUAUAUAUAUAUAUUGCCACGCCUUGUAUGGCAAGCGGGGUAGUUCUAGUUCACAGAAUUGUCAUCUUUGAGUAAGUUUUGUAACAUUGGUUUCUUACACAUGAUCAAUGAUAUAUAAUUGAACCUUGUAUUCUUAACUCUCUCAUGACAUUGAUGUUUGGAAAACUUCAGUAAUUCUAUUGAGCUUUGCUAUA